AUGGCAGUGGUAUUGCGUUAUGUGAAUAAAAAAGGAGAAGCAAUUGAAAAGUGUUUGGGUGUUCAACAUGUCUCCUCUACAACUAGUGGCUCGCUUGAAGAGGCCAUUAAGAGAUUGUUUGCUACAACAAAUUUGAGUAUGUCCAAGUUACGAGGACAAGGCUAUGAUGGAGCUAGCAAUAUGAAAGCUCUUGUAUUCGUGGCAAAGGAAAAUGAGGAUGUUGCCAAUUUCUUCAUCAAAGCUAGUAGUUUAGUGAAUCUUAUUGGAUCAUCGUGUAAGCGUCAUGAUGCAUUUAGAGAGAAACAACAAGAACAAAUUCAUAAAGCUCUUGAUCUUAGUAAUCUUGAAACGGCCGUGGUGGAGGUGGUUGAAUGGAUAAAAAGUGAUCGCAACCAAGAUAAUCUCGGUGAAGCAACUAGGUUUUUCAAAGACAUACAAACUUUUGAUUUUGCAUUUCACCUUUUCUUGAUAAGACUUAUAUUGGGAAUUACAAAUGAGUUAUCACAAACAUUGCAAAAGAAAGAUCAAUAG